AUGAAAAGCUGGCAGCGAAAGCAUGCGGAAGAUAUUCAGCAAGUGCAGAGAUUACGCGAUGAGAAGAAAGCAGCUGAAACGUACCACGCUGAGAGGAUGAGUGCAGCUGAAGCGAGGUCUCAGAAGCAGGAGACGGAGAUUGACGUACUUCGACAGGAGCUCAAGGACGCUGAGGCAAGGACACAGAGUGAGUCUCGGGAGAGAGCAUCGCUGGCGCGAGCACUGAGGACUGCUGAGGACCGUCUUGGAGGGGCAGAGGUUGAGGUAGUUCAACUGAGAGCAGAUCUAGAUGAGAUCUGCCGUGAGAAUUCUGAGUUGAAGGACCGAUACAUGACGGCAGGGGAACGAUUCGAAAGGCUUAUGGAAAGUGAAGAGGAGCACACCAAGGAGCUGACCAAACAGCUUGAGGAUGAGGUUAAAGCCGCUCGAGAGAAGCUUGAGAGAUAUAAGACCAAGUUGCAGAAGAGUCAGAGUGGUGAAGCGCAACUACGAGAGAGUCUGUCUCGAGAGCAGAGUAUGAGUAGGGAUCGGGAGAGGGAGGUCGAUAGGCUCAUGCGAAUGGUCGAGGAUGAGCGGACAGC